AUGUCUCAACUUGAAACCGCAUCAUAUGCCCUCGCGGCACUCACCGCGGGCGGCGGCAUAAUGGGCUAUGUUCGCACCAGAUCGCUGCCUUCUGUCAUCGCAGGAACCGCCGUUGGUGUUCUCUACGGAAUUGGCGGCUACCGCAUCCAGAAUCGGGAGCCCUACGGCGUCGAAUUGAGUCUUCUCGCCUCGGUCGUUCUCGGAGGAUCAGCUAUCCCUCGCGCUCUUCGUCUCCGGAAGCCCGUCCCAGUGCUGCUCAGCGUCCUGUCCGUCUUUGGCCUCGUCACAUUUGGCAAGGCGUACCAACAGAAGCUGUGA